AUGCGGCUACAGAAGUACCAAAUGCUCCAACAGACCUACACCAGGGAUCGUCAGGAGGAGAUGUUUGAUAUUCUUGACAAGCUAGAAGAUGAGUUCACUUUGGAAGAGGAUGAUGAGUGUCUUGCAGCCAGAAAGGAAUUGAAGGAAAAGCGAGGCGCAAUCCCCUAA